AUGUUCGCAGCUGCUCCUGACCUCACUAACUCUCCCAACUCCCUUUGUUCUCAAGAUUGUGGCUCGCAACUGCAAACAUCAAUGCUUACAGGCGAAAGUGUCUUUCAAUCGGUGAGGCUGGCCCAAUACGCCAAUGCCAUACGGCGGGCUUGGUGGACGUCAUGUACAUUAUCGACGUUUCUUGGAGACCAACCACCCAAAGCAACCAAGAAGCCAGGCAAACAAACACUGCUCGUCGCCGUCGCCCUUGCUGGCUUCACAUACGCACAAGCAAAAGACAUACCAGACAGCGAGCGCCUCGAUGUAGUAUUUGGCCCACGGCCGAUCCACGCACCAGGCGCGCUGAUGCACCCUGGCCACAUGUCCAAUAUCCCCGAUAUCAGCACACCAGCCUGGGAUCCCUCAACCCCCAGCGCGCUCCUGUUCAUGGUUGACCUCGACUGGCCGCUCGACAACCAGCGCGUGUCAAGACUGCACUGGCUCGUCACAGGCCUGACCUUGUCCAGCACCACGCCCCCCUCCGGACGGGAACAAUACCGCUCUUUUGAAUAUCCCCGACCCGCCGGUGGUGCAGUACAUGCAGCCUGCGCCUCCUGUCUUGGAAAUGGGGACUCUUUCGACGACGACGACGGGACGCUGGUUGCGGCCGAGACCAGGGCUCCGUUCGUUGUGAGCCAGUUCUUGCUGGACUGUGGGCUGGAUGAGGCGCAUGUGUUGGCAAGGAACCAUGUCAGGGUCAGGAAUCUCGCGGGGCAUCCGACAACCACUUUUCCGCCGGCGAGACAGGCGACGGGGACGCUGGAGGAUGCUGUGUCUGAGGAGAGUGCGGGGUCCAGACAGCUGGCGGCGACGACGACGACGGGGGGUGCGGGUUCGUUGGGUUAUGCGCGAGGGACGGCGUUUUGGGCAAUCGUGAUGAUUAGUGUGAGUGUGGUAUUUGCUGCUAUCAUUUUGUAA